AUGGAGGAGAAAAAGAGAAGGAGAUCUUGUGCCAAAGGAUCCAUGGUUGAUAUAUUAUUGCAGCUGGCUGAUGAUCCUAUUAUUGAUGUGAAGCUCACUUGUGACAAUAUCAAGGGGAUCACUCAGGUCAUUCUCGACUUCAUUGAGUUUCUUGCCUGCACAGAUACUGCUGCCAUAACGAUUGAAUGGUCAAUGUCGAAAGUAUUGAAGCAAUCGCAGAUCAUUAAAAAGGCUAGUGAAGAGCUAGAUGGGGCUAUUGGGAAUGGUAGAUGGGUAGAAGAGUAUGACAUUCCAAAUCUUCCUUAUAUUGGUGCAAUUAUGAAAGAAACAAUGAGGAAACAUCCUACAACAAUAAUGCUUCCACUGCAUGACAACGUACUAGUGGUGGCAUUUAGAUAG